UUAUAUGAAAUGGGACUAAAAAUGAAACUUGCUUGUUUUGUUAUAUCAGGGCGACUUCAGACACGAAAUGAAAUGAAGUGAAUGGGAGAGAAAGGCGGGGCGCAUUAUAAUAACGCACCUCUAAUUUUCACUGAGCAGAAAUGAAAGGAAAGUACCACCUCAAAUUUUAAUCGGUUUCAUUUAUCAAUUAAAUUAAAUUAAUUGAUUGAUUUGGCGACGGCGACGACCACGAUGACGACGUCGAAAAUGGCUGUAGGGCUGCUGCUGCUGCUCGUAUCCUCCUCCCUUCUCCCGCCGGCGGUGCAGUCUCACCUCCUCCCCCUCACACCCGACUACUACCGCAAGUCGUGCCCUCGAUUCUCCAAAAUCGUCCAGGAAGUGGUGGUGGACAAGCAGCUGGGCUUCCCGACCACCGCCGCCGGGGCCCUCCGCCUCCUCUUCCACGACUGCGUAGUGGGCGGGUGCGACGCCUCCCUGCUCAUCGCCUCCAACGCCUUCAACGAGGCGGAGCGGGACAGCCCCGACAACCGGGACCUCCCCGGGGACGCCUUCGACGUGGUGACGCGGGCCAAGACGCGGCUGGAGCUGGAGUGCCCCGGGGUGGUGUCGUGCGCCGACAUCCUGGCGGAGGCGACGCGGGACCUGGUGUCGAUGGUGGGCGGGCCGUUCUACGGGGUCCGGCUGGGGCGGCUGGACGCCACGGAGUCGCGGGCGGGGGCGGUGGAGGGGCACAUCGCACGCCCCAACAUGUCGCUCUCCCGCAUCAUCGACAUCUUCGCGGGCAGCGGCCUGGGCGUGCCGGAGAUGGUGGCGCUGGCGGGGGCGCACACCAUCGGCUUCUCCCACUGCGCCCAGUUCGCGGGCCGGAUCUUCUCAGAGCCGCCCGACCCGAGCAUGAACCCGGCCUACGCGGAGGGCCUCCGGAAGCUCUGCGCCAACUACACCCGGGACCCGUCCGUGGCGGCGUUCAACGACCCCAUGACGCCCGGGAAGUUCGACAACAUGUACUACCUGAACCUGCAGCGGGGGAUAGGCCUGCUGGCGUCGGACCAGGCCAUGGCCGCCGACCCGCGGACCAGGGGCUACGUGGACCUCUACGCCGCCAACCAGACGGCGUUCUUCCAGGCGUUCGCCAGGGCCAUGGAGAAGGUGGGCGAGAUGAACGUGCUGCUGCCCGGCGGGGGGAGGGGGGAGGUCAGGCGGAGGUGCGACGCCACGAACACGCUCACGGCCGCCUGACAGGCUCCGGCGAUUGGAACGAUACCGAUAAUAUCAUUAUUCAUUAUUGGCCAAUACUGCUGACUGACACGCAUUGAGUAAUGAGUAGCAGUAGCUAGCUGCAGCCGUGACUGUGGCUGUGGUGACUGAUCGACGAUGCAUCCAAAUAGGGUUGAAUUGAUCUAAUUUUUUGUACUGGGUCUGAUGGGCAGGGGGCAGCAGUAUGAAAGCAGGCAUACGCAGAUUGAUUGGUUGGUGGGUUGGUUGAUGGGUGGAUAUAUGUAUAUAUUGGCAUGGUACUAUGUGUUAGUUUGUGUGUCUUGGUAUGGAAUUACGUAAUAAAUAAUUUGAUACUCCAUUAUACCAUACCUCAUGAAAAUAAAAAUAAAAAUAGUGGUAUAUUUUUAUUUGAUA